AGUGAUGACUCAGAGGAGGUCACUUCAGAUGACCCGGGGUCAGAGGUCAAAUCAAAAGUCGUCAAGAGGAGAAAAGAACAAUCGAAACAAUGAACUGUAGAACAAUAAUUAUAGCUGAUGAUGUUAAACAAUGGAAAAUAUGGAAAGCGGGUGUGGCACUUUGCUGAAAAGGGGCGAACUGAGACAAAGAAAGCUCAAGUGUGUCUAUCAGUAAAGCUUCAAUAUAAUGGCUACUGGGCAAGACUCCGGCGCUCAAAAGAAGCUAGCCGAGGACUUAUACGAGGCCGAGGACUUAUACGAGGCCGAGGACUUAUACGAGGCUGUAGACAAACGUGACGUCGUCAAAGUUAGGUCUCUGUUGGGACAGGGGGCAGACCCCAACCACCAGCUCUACUGGAGUGACGAGUGGGGAUACAAGGAUCCUCCAUUACACUUUGCUUGUUAUCUGGGCUACCUUGAGAUUGCGAAGACACUUGUUACCCAUGGAGCUCGUACUGAUAAAGGUGGUGGGAUGGGCAAUAAGACUCUACUUUACUGGGCAUGCCUGGGAGGUGAUAAAGAAAUGGUGCAGUACCUGAUCCAAGAGCUCAAAUGUAGCACUGAUGUGAGGGAUAAGUAUAACAUGACUUCUCUUCACUGGGCUUGUGUGAGAGGAAGUAAAGACGUGGUACAGUAUCUGGUGGAGGAGAGGAAGAUGGAUGUUGAUGUGAGGGAUGAUGACGGAGAGUCACCACUGGACAUUGCUAUGUAUGGUAUUUAUAAUGAAGACUGUAAGUAUAGAUAUUCACCACUGGACAGAGCUCUGGAGGGUAUUUAUAAUAAAGACUGUAUGGAUGUUGCCCUCUACCUGAUGAGCCGUGGCUGUGCAUGUGGUGACGAGGACAAAGCCGCGUUACUCUGUGUAGCAUGUGACCUUGGCAAGCUGGGUGUCGUGAAGGAACUGGUUGAGCAAUACAAAGUUGACCCCAACAGUGCAACUGACGAUGCUGGCAAAACUCCUCUUGAUAUUGCUACACAGGAGGGUCACACUGAAAUUGCUGACUACCUCAAGUCUCUACCACAACAAUCUGCUGUGACUGGAGACACUGACUCCAGGAGUGACGAGAAUGGACCACCACCAACAAAGAAAAGAAAAAGUGCCCAGCAAGUGACUCUGAGAGUGUGUCCUAACUGUAAGGAGAGCUGUCACAUCCGCUGCAAGAAAUGUCCCGAAUGUGAGCACGAGUUCCCUCCUUCCAGUAAGAGCAGGGCCAAACCUGACCAGGAUGUUGUGAAAAACCCUUCAAACCUACUGCAGAUACUACAGAAAAAGGUGGACCAACUGUCUCUGUUAGGAUUUGACAUUGUCGUACUAGUGCACAGAGAUUCAAGCAAAUCACAUGACUCCUCUUCCACGUCACAUGACACGCCCAGUCGCUCACGCCACACCUACAGGAAGUUUGUCACCUCCGGACUGGCCGAGAGCUUUGUUGAAUCUCCUCUGGUGUACGGCAGUUGGAAAGAUUUCUGUAGUUCUGACAAGACCUCAACUGGACACGCUCAGAAAUCCAAGAACCCACGAAAGAAAAAAAGAGUACAAACGAAUACUACUACUACCACUCAGGAGGCGGACAGAUCACAUGAUACGAGUGGAGUGUCACAUGAUCAAGACAAUGUAUCUCAAGACAGCAAUGGUGCCAAUACUCAAUCACAAGCAGCACAAAGCUCUACUGCUCCACUCUCUGUUAGUGACUUGACACCACUCUGGAAUACAAUAUCUUCUCUCCGUCAGCAAAUCGAUUCCAUGCAGUCCAGUCUAAAUGCCCCUCCCACUCACGCGUACCCUCAACACAUGUACCCCCCAGCUACUGGUUUAAUGAACACAGGGCAAUCAACCUUUGUACCCGUGCCGGGGGGUGGUCUAUUCAAUACACCACUCCCCAACCAUUUCACUGGACCUUCUUCACACAACUCAAUGUUGGGACAGUCAUCACGAUUUAAUGUGAAUCCCAUGUCCUUCCCAAUGUUUCCAUUUUCACCUGCUCCAGCAAAUUAUCGUUUCCCUUCACCGAUUACACCGUUAGGGUCGUCUAGGCAACCAAUGAACUCUGACCCAAACACUGACUCAAUAGAUCCGUGAUCGUGAACACUUUGCAAUAGAAUUUGAAGUUAUAAUUAAAGUCAUGUUGUAAAAAAUAAUUAGUAAUUAUUUGUUCUGUACGUACUACGUCAUGUACUUUCAAAGCAAAUCAUGCUACAAUUAAAUUAUCAUAAAUAGAAA